GACUUCCCCGGCCCGUCCUCUCGCCCACGUCUGUUUCGCCCCGCCCCGAAGACGGCAUCAGGCAGCGAUAUAUAAGCGGUUUACGCCGAUGGAUCAGCAUCACUUCAAGUGAAGCAGUAAGGACCCUGCACAGCCAGCGUAUCCAACUCCUACUCCGCAGCCCUUUGCCGACAUGCACUCCCCCGUGCCCGUCGCCCUUGCGCUAUUGGCGUGCGCCGUGUGCGCCGUCCUCGCCGCCCCAGCCGCCCAGCAGAAGACCCCCUUCAAGUUCCCCGCGCCCGGAUCGCCUCCGCCGCCGCCGCCCAACCAGCGUCACGGGCAGCUUGGUGGCUACGUGGACCGGCAGAAGGGGGUGGGCACCUCGGUGCACAUCAACGGCCAGGGUGACGCCUGGGUGUCGCGCAACGGCAACAGCAGGGUGACCGUGGACGGCCACUACGGGCAGUACAUCAGCGGGCCGGCCAAGGGAGCCAAGGACUACGGCGGCUUUGUCACCUUCAAGCACAACUUCUAGAUGGAUUGGCAAAUAAUGUGAGAG